AUGAUGGUGGCUCAUCGGGGAGCUUGUUUACUGGUUCUCUUGCUCGCAGCAUUUCUGCCCCCACCACAACAUGCCCAGGACCCAGCUAUGGUACACUACAUCUACCAGCGCUUCCAAGUCUUGGAGCAAGGGCUGGAAAAAUGCACCCAAACAACAAGGGCAUACAUUCAAGACUUCCAGGAAUUCUCAAAAAACAUCUCCAUCAUGCUGGGGAAGUGUCAGACCCACACGAGUGAAUAUAAGAGUGCAGUCAAUAACCUGGCACUGAGAGUGGAGCGUGCCCAGCGGGAGAUUGACUACCUGGAAUACCUCCGGGAAGCUGACAUAUGUAUCGAAUCAGAGGAGAAAACGCUGGCUGAAAAGGUACUUCAAGAAGCUGAAGAAGAAAAGAAGAUCCGAACUCUGUUGAAUGCAAGCUGUGACAACAUGCUGAUGAGUAUAAAAUCUCUGAAAAUAGUGAAGAAGACCAUGGACACAGAUGGCUCUUGGAUGAAAGAUGCUGGUGGUAACUCUGCAAAAGUGUAUUUAUUAAUUGGAUCCAGAAACAACACAGUUUGGGAAUUUGCAAAUUUGAGGGCAUUCAUGGAAGAUAGCACCAAGCCUGGUCCCCGGAAGCUAAUCUUACCACUUUCCUGGCAGGGAUCAGGGCAAGUGAUCUACAAAAGCUUUCUAUUUUUUCACAAUCAAGGAACUUCUAAUGAGAUAAUUAAAUAUAAUCUGCAGAAGAAGACUGUGGAGGACCGAAUGCUUCUCCCAGGAGGGGCAGGACGAGCCCCCAUCUAUCAACACUCCCUAUCUACUUACAUUGACCUUGCUGUGGAUGAACAUGGGCUCUGGGCCAUCCACUCAGGACCGGGUAUCCAAGGCCAUUUGGUUGUCACGAAAAUUGAUCCGGACACUUUGGGAGUAGAGCAUUCAUGGGAAACACCGUGUAGAAACCAAGAUGCUGAAGCUUCAUUCCUGCUGUGUGGGGUCCUCUAUGUGGUCUACAGUUUCGGUGGCCAGGGCCCUCACCGUAUUACCUGUGUGUAUGAUCCACUGGGCACUGUUAGGGAGGAGCAUCUGCCCAAUUUGUUCUUCCCCAGGCGGCCAAGAAGUCACUCCAUGAUCCAUUACAACCCCAGAGAUAAGCAGCUGUAUGCCUGGAAUGAAGGCAAUCAGAUCAUUUACAAACUCCAGACUAAGAAAAGGCUGCCUCUGGAGUAA